AUGGCCCAGCUCCAGGAAAGCAUCAUCAGCAUCAUUGCUGCUUUUUCUACGUAUGCCCAAAGAGACGGGGACUGCAGCACCCUGAGUAAGGAGGAGCUGAGGCAGCUUAUCCAGCAGGAGUUUGCGGACGUGAUAGAGAAAUCCCACAAUCCAGAAACUGUGGAGAAGGUGCUGUGCUUCCUGGACGAUGACAGCAACGACAGGGUAGACUUCAAUGAGUUUCUCAGUCUAGUUUUCCGCGUGGCCAAGGCUUGUUACAAGGAGCUCAGGCAGUGCCAAAGACUAGAAAGUGGUCAAGAGCUGACAGCCCAAAUGGAGGCAAGCAAGCAGCAGCAGCCAGCAGGGCCACACACAGCCGAGAGGGUCUCCUCCAGCCAGCAGGUCCAAGAGCAGAGAGCGAACGAUCAGGUCCAGAAGGCUGAGGCCCCAGACACUCAUCAAACCCAAGAGCCUGAGACACUAGAUCAGGAACCAGACACCCAUCAGGCUGAUGGGACCAAUGCACCAGAAUGGGACCCAAACAGAGGUGAGAUCCUGGACUUUGAGACUGCAGAGCAGAACAGAAAUACUCAUCAGGUUGAAGAGAAUGGGACACCAAAACAGGACCCAGAAACCCACCAGGCCCAAGAGACCAAGAAGCCAGAACAGGGUCUGAACAACCAUCAGGCCCAGGAUGCUGAGUCAGCAGAACAGGAUUUGAAUUGUCCUUCUGAGACACCUGGGAGAAAUGCAGGAAAUGAGACACAGGUGUGUGAGGCUCCUCAGCAGGACCCCAACCCCAGUGAGGCCCAGAAGCUGCAGCUCCUGGAGCAGGAUGUGAGCCCCAGUGAGAGUGCUGAGCCCCAAGAAACAUCUCCUGACCCAGAUCUCGGUCAGAGCCAUGAACCCAAGGUGCUGGAGCAGGAGCUCAGUGGUGGUGAUUCACAGUUCUGUCCGGCACAAGAGCAGCAAGACAAUGGAAGCCAAGGACAACCUGCUGCAGAGCAAGUGACUGGCUCAGACCCACGCUCCUGUAAGUCCCCAAAUCUUCAGCAGUUUCUUUACCAGUGGCCACCACAGUAA